UUUGGAGAAUGUGGAACUCCAAAGCUGAGUGGAAAAUCCUACUUGGGGGGAUAUUGGGGGGUCCCACCAUCCUUAAGUGGGGAGAUGGAAACAGGGGGAACUUUUCGGAUUCCUGGCACUCUCAGCAGCCCGGGGAGGGCAGGGACCAAGCCGACAGGUGAUCCCCAGUACAAGCGUGACUCCCAGCAGCUGGGACAGGGGGGAACCCUUGAACCCCAAACAGGAGAGACCAGAGAUGGGGAACUCCUGGGAGGCAUUUUCAGGCUGAAUUUUGGUGUUUUCUGAAGGUUUUAUGGACCCCAGAUGUCCGAUGACUUCUAGAGAUGAGCUUGGACAGAGGGACCUGCAAACUCAAUGUCCUCAUCCCUUGUAUUUCCCCAAAACAGGAUUUCCCAUUGCCAAACCUUGGCUGGAUGGAGAGGAAGGCUGCAAGAAAGAGGAAGAUGCCUCGGGACACCCAGGCAGACAAGGAGCUGAGGAUGGAGACCAGGGAGGACAAAUCCCUGCAGCAGAACCUUGUGGAAGAGGCUGAUUUGAGCAGUUCCACAGCGCAGGAAUCCAACGGGGAGGAAAAGCCCCGGAGAUCCUGCAGGAGGAGAAGCUCCAAACCUAUCCCAGGGUGCUCUGAGGAGGAAAGACCCACCCUGUGCCAGGAAGGCGGCUGGAGAUCCAGCCGGGGCUCUGAGCUGGUGGUCCAUGAGCAGCUUCACAAAGGGCAGAAGCGCUACAAGUGCUUGGAGUGUGGGAAGAGCUUCAGCCAGAGCAACAGCCUGAUCUGCCACCAGAUGGUCCACACUGGGGAAUGGCCCUACAAGUGUGGGAAAUGUGGGAAGGGCUUCAGCUUUAACUCCAAACUCAUCAUCCACCAGCGCAGCCACACUGGGGAGAGGCCCUACGAGUGUUCUGAGUGUGGGAAGAGGUUUCGGAUCAGCUCCAGUCUCCUCGUGCACCAGAGGAUUCACACAGAGGAGAGGCCCUUCCGCUGCCCUGACUGUGGGGAGGGCUUCAAGCACAACUCCACCCUCACCAUUCACCGGCGCAUCCACACUGGGGAGAGGCCCUUCAAGUGUGGGGAAUGUGGGAAGAGCUUCAGCCAGAGCAACAGCCUGAUCUGCCACCAGAUGAUCCACACUGGGGAAUGGCCCUACAAGUGUGGGAAAUGUGGGAAGGGUUUCAGCUUUAACUCCAAACUCAUCAUCCACCAGUGCAGCCACACUGGGGAGAGGCCCUACGAGUGUCCCGAGUGUGGGAAGAGGUUUCGGAUCAGCUCCAGUCUCCUCGUGCACCAGAGGAUUCACACAGAGGAGAGGCCCUUCCACUGCCCUGACUGUGGGGAGGGCUUCAAGCACAGCUCCACCCUCGCCAUUCACCGGCGCAUCCACACUGGGGAGAGGCCCUUCAAGUGUGGGGAAUGUGGGAAGAGCUUCAGCUGGAGGUCCCAACUGACCAUCCAUCAGAUGGUCCACACUGGGGAGAGGCCCUACGAGUGUCCAGAAUGUGGGAAGAGGUUUCAGACCAGCUUCCAGUUCAUCAGGCACCAGCAGAUUCACACGGAUGAGAGGCCCUUCUGCUGCCCUGACUGUGGGGAGCGCUUCAAGCAAAACUCCCACCUCAUCACCCACCGGCGCAUCCACACUGGGGAGAGGCCUUAUAAGUGUGACGAAUGUGGGAAGGCGUUCAGCCAGAGCUCCAGCCUCAGUACCCACAAACGCAUCCACACCGGGGAGAGGCCCUAUGAGUGUCCCCAGUGUGGGAAGAACUUCUCAGACAGCUCUCAACUGACCAGACACAAACGGAGGCACCACUAAGGGAAGCCCUGCGAGUGCUCCAAGUGCAGGAAGAGCUUCGUGCGCUGCUCCAACUCCAUCCCCCAUCAGUGGGCCCACGUUGGGCAGAGCCCUGAUGGCCCAUGUUCCCUGUGAUCUGUGUUGGGAAGACACUGGGCUGGUGGUCGUUUUGGUUUUGUUCUAAUUAUCUUUAGAUUCAUCUUCAUCCCUUUGGAACAGACUAAAUUGGGGUAAAAAUCAACAAAUUAAUGGCAUCUAAUUAAUCAAUGGCACCUAAAACCUCACAUUUUACUAGUGCUUCAAGAGAAACUGGGAAUCAGGGAGCUACUUGAGAGUAUUUAGGGGUUGUGGGGUAUUUGGAGUUGUCUCCAUUUCUUGGCACUCAAAGAGAUGAGGGGCUUCAAUCUGUCACCUCAAGACCUCUCAGUGCCUCUGAAUGCUACCCAGUCCCACCCCAAAAUUAUUCAAUUCCACCCCCCCUCCAGCUAUGAUGCCCUUAGUUUUAGCUUUCAUAUUUUUCAUAUUCUGCACUGCCUAGGUUUGUAGUUUUGAAGUUCAUAUUAAUUGUUAGUGUCAGAAAAAAUUAAUCCACGAACACCAGAGGUUUAUAUGCAAAAAGGAGAUAGAGGAGUGCUUUCAAUUUUUUCAAAUAAAGGGAGAGGCCAUGGGGCAUUCCCCUGGGAUCUCUCUAAUUUUUGGAGGGCGCAGCCUCCCUUUUACCCCAAUUCCAGGCCGUACGUCCCUUCUCCCUUUCCCCAUAGGCUGAGGGAUUUGAGAGGUACAGACUUCCUGGUACACAUGAUACCUGAGAUACCAUCCCCCCUCCCCCCAGUGCAUAAUCUCCUUCUUAGUUCUCAGCCCUGUUGGAAUUUUAUGGUGUUUCCCCAGUGUCUCUUUCAUCUUUCAGUUGAAUCCAUCCCAUUGUUUCUGUUAUCUCUCAGUGAUAGUUUCAUUUUAUCGGCAGACUCACAGCUUGUUUGUAAAGACAAGUGUCACUCUGAUAGUAUAAGGUUUUAAAAUCUUAGAAAAUUUGGGGACUUAGAAAGAAAGUUAGGUUUGGUGAGCCCGGGAAGAGUAGGUCCUGGCAAGUGUUAGGCCUUGUACUUGCUAAAGAUCAUGUCAAACUGCACCUGUGUAAUUGGUAUAUGAUGAAUGAUACAAUUGUUAGAUGUGAUUAGAUAUAAUUAUUGUUUAAAGAACAUGAGGAACAAUAUUAGGGGAUUGAGGGGGAUCACAAGAAAUCCAUGCUUGGGUAAAAACAAUGCAUACAAUAGAACAAUGUA